AUGCGCGACGCUCACUCUGGCCUCCAAUCAAACGACCGAUCGGAUCCGGGCUCCGUACGGCUUUGCCUUCGACCAAUGUGGACGCUCAACGGGCAGCUACUACUGCUCUCACUUUGCGGUCAGCUGGUGCCAGUAGCAGGCGUAGUCUGGUCCAUCAUUGCAGCAUUGCCUUGGGAAAUCUCAGCCCUAUGGCUGAGUAGGGUGCUUUCCUACCUCCCGGGUGCGCGCUCUCUCCUCUACAUCGAGUUCCUGGCCAUCUCGACGCUUUGGAUAAUAUUAGUUUGGCACGGAGGCAACUGGAGACUGCCUGCCCUGCCGAGACGGGUACUCACCCGCGCUCAGCUCCAUCACCCCAUGGCCAACGUCUUCAUACUGGGCGUAUCGCAAAAGGGUGUCCUGUUGCGCAUCCCCCUCCACGAGACCACUGGUUGGGUGCUCCACGAGCUUCAACGCCGCCACCUCGUACCAAAGCGGUCGGAUGGUACACGCCUAGGGUUGUACAUGCUGCUUUCCCGCGGUGAUGGCGGCCUUCCGGUCCGGCUCCAUCCGUUCCAGCAACUUGACCUUGCCGGUAUGACCAACAACUCGACCAUCGAAGUGCGCAUCGCCGUGCUUGGGGGAACUCGAACAGUAGGUCUGAAAGUGCAUGAAGGUGAUCACUACUUCUGUCCCGGUUGUGACACUGGUUUCCGUCGGGCGGGGCACCUUGCCUCACAUCGCAUGAUGAGCAAGAAGCCCAACUGCAAACCGGAUCCCGCCGCAGACAGGCGACGUCUAGAGCAGCACACUCGGGACAAGAAUGCCGCGCCUCCCCAGGUACCUCUCCCUCCUCAAGCAGGUCCAUCACACGCCGAUACACCUCCCAACCCGCUUCCCGAUGGUGUGGAUCACCCCAUGGACAUCGACCAAGUGCCUCCGCCGCCUCCAGAACAUAUGGAUGUCGACCACCAUCACGAGUCAAGUGCUGCACCGCUUCCUGUGGAUAUCGUGUUGCCGCCUGCAGGGGAGGAGGGCAAUCAGGAAGAAGACCCCCUUGGCUGGGGUGAUGAAGACGAGGCGCUAGCGCGUAGAGGGGGUUGGGUUGGGAGUUGGGUAGUGGUGGAGGAGGAGGAGGAGGAGGAAGAGGAGGAGGAGGGUGAUGACGAUGUUGAUGAUGAGAUGUUGGCAGAACACGGCGGUGGCAAUGGUGAUGCCGAUGUCCUGCAGCAUAUGCUCAGUUUCCUGGGCUUGCACGAUAACAUCAACAACGGGCCGCCACCGCCGUCUGAACCCCUUGACGACGAGCCUUGUCCGCAACCAGACAACAAACUCCAACCGCCACCAGACGACAAACUUCAACCGCCACCUCCCAAAGAUGAAUCGGAACCGGAACUGGAAGAAGAGCAGCAGCCACCACCGCCGCCGCCCAGGCGCCGCAGCGAGCUCUAUGGCGGGCGAGCGGGAGAGGUGCUCAAUGGCGAUGAGGGAGCAAGCGAGCCCUACGCUGAGUACGAAGCAUUCCUUCCGGGGAACGAGUUAUCACCCAAUACGUGUUACCCGUUUGCCAGCAAGAUGGAUUGGGACAUCGCAGAGUGGGCGAAGAUGCACAGCAUCGGCUCUAAUGCGUUGAUGGCCUUGCUCAAGAUUGAUACGUUCGCCAAUAUCCUCAACCUGCAAUACCGCACGACCCGCCAGCUACACAAGAUUAUAGACGACCAACUUCCGCCCCGGCCCGACUUCGUACGGCACGUGUACCAGCUUGGUGGCGAGAAGCUCGAGAUGUACACGUGUGACUCUCUUGAGGUCUUGCGUGACUUGUACACCUGGCCAGAUUUUGCGAGCAGUAUAGUCUUCGCGCCGGUGAAACACUUCACCGUCGUCGAUACGGCGACCAGAGAGAUAGAAGAGUGUGGCUAUUGUGACAUGCACACUGCGCGGUGGUGGUGGCGUAUACAGGUGUGA